CCUCCCCGGCCGGAGCUUCAACAACCAAGUCAACACCUAGGUCAUUUUCUUUUUCCCAACCGCGUGACUUCUGUAUUACCAUUUACCAUCUUUUCAUGCAUCGAUUAACACCUCAUUGAAUCUAUUCCGCCAUCUGGGACCAUUUAGGUCAUGCUGCCUCGGCGUACGAAAGCAGUGGCCAUACCCUCAAAAAAUGCCCUCCGAAUUCUACGACAAUUGGCCUUAGCUGGCUCGACCCUUGGAAGCGUGUGUACGGUCGCUGCACUUACGUACGAUGUCCAGCGACGCGUGGCUAUCGCCGAGCAAAUUAUCGAAAACAAGCGAACCCUGCGAACAUCGGCUCCCUAUUACAAUGCUACCUCUGCGGCCAGAAAGUUGAAACUUAUGGUGGAAGCAGCAGAAGCAGGAGAAUUCGAGGGGCUGAAUUCCUUAAAGGAUGGAGGCUGGAGGAAACGUUCCCCCGGGCUUGCGGAUGCUAAAACCGACGGUUCUACACCCGAUGAUUCUACCACCCAUUCUACUAGCACGUUCAACAUUAGACGUGUCUUCACCGAUUUGACGCCAAGCGAUUCUGCCCGCUUAUCAGGGAUCAGUCAAGAGCGAACAAGCAUAAAUGCUGAUUCGAAUUCACAGUAUCGGUUGAACAAAUGGUCUCAAGCACUUGGCCAUUCUAUGCACGGCAAUAGAACGAAGGAAGUUCGUGAUCGUUCGAAGCAUUGGGAAGUGACCACGUACCUACGAUCGCCAAAUCUUGACUGUGUGCGGCGCCUCUAUAAACUCGACCGAAUCAUCGAAGCAGCGGAAUUGCUUCUGGAGAAACAUAUGCCUUUGGAUGCCCCGUUAUCUCCUGAAACACGAGAUCUGGCACAAUAUCUUUUCUAUGCUAAUUGUCAUGGUGGGAAUGCCUUCAUAGCAAGGCACAUAUUCACUCGCCUCGAAGAGGUUGAUUCUAUAAAUGAUCGUAUGUGGGAAGCCUUAUUGGUCUCCUUGGCAAAAGCCGGCGCUGUGGAAUCUACUGCCCGGCUGUACCUGAAAUACUACAAGUCGAGAGAAUUGCCUACCUACCUUAUUGAGGUAAUACUACGAUGCUUACUUGAAUCUCAGCGGCUAAGUCAUGCAUCAAACCUGAUGUCAAAAAGCAUCCGCCACGAUCACAACUGUGGACUUUGUGGUAUCUACUUGUCUACCCUUUGGAAGAAGACAAGGAAUAUUGAUCUUAUGAAUCAGCAACUUGAAAAGCUUCUAUUGAUCUUACCGCGAUUCAAAAAGACCCCAACCCAGAAGCUUUUCAAUCCCGUCUUGAAAGCAUACAUACGCUUCGGCCGCUUCGCAGAUGCAGAAGCGCUGGUAGCUGAUAUGCAAAAUGUUUACAAUAUUCCUUUAACUGGCAGAACAAUGGGAUUAUUGCUACAUGCACAUGCUCUAUCCUGCAAUUGGGCCGAGGUCGAAAAGGGCUUUCAAGAACUACAUGAGCGGGGAUACACUUCUGGUGAUCAAUACAAUUUUACACGAACCUUUGACACCAUUUUCUUGGAAUUUUGGCCAAGCCAUAAUAUUGCUGAAAUCCAUCAAUUCAUCGUGACGGCUGUGGAGAAGUAUGGGCUCAUUCCAGACCAGGUACUCUAUACCCACAUUCUCAUAGCUUAUCUCGAAAAGGGCGUCCCUCAGGAUAUUCAGAAUUUUAUAGCCCUUGGAGAAACUCACCAAUGGAGUGUCAAAUUUAAUGAAGACGAAUUCAUGAAGUUGGUGCAAAAGCGACGACGUUCUCUUGAGCACAGUCCUGUCGGCCUUUGGCAAAUGCUAAAUGUAGCAAAAGCAAAGAAUCAACAGGCAGCAUUCUCACGGCAAGUCAUGGGAUACGAUCAGCGUUCGGUUCCUCAUUCAAUGGCAAAUUUGAUUCCGUAUAAAAAGAGCCAUCCGAGCUGGUAUCGCAGAAUGGUACGAGGAGUUCGUACUAAUGAACGACCUAUUGACCACUACCUCUCACUUCACACACAAAUGCUCCAAGCUCUAUAUAGUGGCAGUUACAAUGGGGCUCUACGAUCCUUCAACGUCGCCAAAAUUUCCGAGUUUACCUUCAAAACAUAUCAUGUCCAGCUAGCCAUUAUUGCAACUCUUGCAGGACCAGGGCGGCUCAAGGCGGCUCAGGAUCUAGUCGACGAACACUGGGAAGUCAAGCGCAGAAUCACUCCCAAAUUUUUCUCCCAAAUUAGGGAAUGUGACCUUUUACUACCCGACAUCGAGGUCCUCAAAUUAGCCGUAUUCGGCCUCUACGGCCUCUGCUGGGAAGAGCCAAGUUUACAACUAAAGCAUCAUUUCAUGAUCAAUAUAGUUCGCUGGCUCAUCAGCCAUGAAAGGCACCACGACGCGUUGGAUCUAAUGAUUACCACAUACAAGUCUCGAUAUGCCCGUUAUGAAAGAUUUGACGGCGUCUGCAUGAAAUUGUUCAUACGUGCUUUCACGGCGACUGGGAACUUCCAGGGCGUUCGUUGGUGCAUCAUGACAGCCUUAUCGCGAGAGUCUGCUUGCGGCGAAAGUUUCGUUAGUGAGAUGCGACGAUCUGUCGCCAUCCUGCGGAUGCGGAUGCGCGAUAGGUUCCAGAUACAAUACCGAAAACAGACAUUUUAUUAUGACAAUCUCGACACUCUCGUGGAUAUGGUAGAAAGGAAAAUGAAGGGUGAUCCCCAAAUGGCCGGAUUUGAAAGCCGAGCCACGCGAAAAAGACUCUCUAAACACUUUCAACCACAACUCAACAAGUGGCGCGAUAUCGACUUGCACACCGUCAAGCAGACGAUCGUCAACUGGGACGAGGAGCUCGAGUUUGAAUACCUGCUUCAAAACAUGACUAGGGCUAGUAGUGUCUCCAAGACCGAAUCGUGGAGGGAAGUGGAUGUUGUCCGAGAAGGGGACGAAUACAGUGUAUAAUACUAAUCCAUGCAUGUACUAUAUCGACUCUCAGUCAAUCACCUAUAUAACCAACUCUAGUUCACUCCAAUGCACAUUGAAGACAUAUCAAUUUCAGAUAAUAAUAUUAGGA